CGCGCCCCCCCGGCCCCGCAGGCGCGGCCCGGCCCGGCCAUGCCGGCCAAGAGGAAGCCGGUGCUGCCCGCCCUCAACAUCGCCCCCAGCGCCGCCGAGGGGCCCAGCCCCGACGGCUCCGCAGAGGCCAACCUCGUGGACCUGCAGAAGAAGCUGGAGGAGCUGGAGCUGGAUGAGCAGCAGAAGAAGCGCCUGGAAGCUUUCCUGACCCAGAAAGCCAAAGUGGGGGAGCUGAAGGACGAUGACUUCGAGAGGAUCUCAGAGCUGGGGGCUGGCAAUGGCGGGGUGGUCACCAAAGUGCAGCACAAACCCUCAGGGCUCAUCAUGGCACGGAAGCUGAUCCAUUUGGAAAUCAAACCGGCCAUCAGGAACCAGAUCAUCCGGGAGCUGCAGGUGCUGCACGAGUGCAAUUCCCCCUACAUUGUGGGGUUUUACGGGGCCUUCUACAGCGACGGGGAGAUCUCCAUCUGCAUGGAGCACAUGGAUGGUGGCUCUUUGGAUCAGGUGCUGAAAGAAGCCAAAAGAAUUCCUGAGGAAAUCCUGGGCAAAGUCAGUAUAGCGGUUCUGCGGGGCCUGGCCUAUCUGCGGGAGAAGCACCAAAUCAUGCACAGAGAUGUGAAACCCUCCAACAUCCUGGUGAAUUCCCGAGGGGAGAUUAAGCUCUGUGAUUUCGGGGUCAGCGGGCAGCUCAUUGACUCCAUGGCCAACUCCUUUGUGGGAACUCGGUCCUACAUGUCUCCCGAGCGCCUGCAGGGCACGCACUACUCGGUGCAGUCGGACAUCUGGAGCAUGGGGCUGUCCCUAGUGGAGCUGUCGAUCGGAAGGUACCCAAUCCCCCCGCCAGACUCCAAGGAACUGGAAGCAAUUUUUGGCCGUCCUGUGGUGGACGGGGCGGAGGGAGAGUCCCCCAGCAUCUCGCCGCGGGCCAGGCCCCCAGGACGCCCCGUCAGUGGCCACGGGAUGGACACCAGGCCUGCCAUGGCCAUCUUUGAGCUGCUGGAUUACAUCGUUAACGAGCCGCCUCCCAAGCUGCCGAGUGGAGUCAUUCACGCAAGAUUUCAGGAGUUUGUAAAUAAAUGCUUAAUUAAAAACCCAGCAGAACGAGCAGAUCUGAAGAUGCUGAUGAGCCACACGUUCAUCAAGCGCUCCGAGGUGGAGGAGGUGGAUUUCGCGGGCUGGCUGUGCCGGACGCUGCGGCUGAACCAGCCCAGCACUCCCACCCGAGCUGCCAUGUGAGCCCGGCCUGGCACUCGCUGCCUCUGGCACCGCUUCCUCUCCUCUCCACGGCAGAACUGCCCCUCCUUCCUCCCUCCCAGCCUGCCGAGCCCAGCGCCAAAGCUCCGGCCCCCAAAGCUCCGGCCCCUCGGAAGCGUCUCCAUCGUUCCCCGGGGCUGCCCGGCGGGGUUGGUUCCUCGGAUGCAGGGGUGUUCCAGGCCUCUGCUCCAGCUCUGGAGCUCCUGACACUUGGGAAUUGUGGUGCUGCUUAUGUUGAUUUUUCUUUAGUUUGGGGUUUUUUUUUUUUUUGGUUUGUUUUUGUUUUCUUUUUUGGAAAUGUGUUCACUUGGGUUCAAAAGAAGGUGACGGGGGUGUGGGGCGGGGCGGGGAUGAGGGGCUGGGCAGCUGAUGCUUUGCCUCAUCCUGGUCUUCUCUGGGAUGGAGAAUCAGCGGGGUCAGGAAUGGAGAAACCCUGCCUCGGGUGGCCCAAAGCGGUGUCACCGCCCUGCCUGGGGACACAGUGGGGCUCUGGGCUGGCCCUGGCGUGGGGCAGAGCAGAGAUCGGGGUUUGCCUGCUUUGCUUUUUAAACGGUUGUUCUGAAGCCCGGCCUUGUCCCGUGCUGGAUGUUCAGGGGAGGGGCUGGAUCCAUCGGGGGUGAGGAGGGAGGGAAUGGGGAUGGGGACGGCUCCCACUUUUCGGUGUCCAGGUGAGGGGGACAGCGUGGAUUUUCCUUCCCUGCCGAGGUGGAGGCAGAGCCCGGUUGUUCCCGGUGGCCGUGCCCGGGAUUUGGGUCCCUUCCCUGAUCCCAUCUGGGGGCACAGGGAGGGGUGAAGCCCCUCCAGGCUGCAGUUUUCCCCCUCCAGCUGCCUCCGGCCCAUCCUGGGGUGGCCUCAGCCAUUGUGGAUGUGGCAGAGCUCCAGGAUUCCCUGUCGGAGCCCCCUGGCCAGGGAUGAACCCACCCAGCCCAAGCCACCUCAUCCAAAGGCCCCUGGAUUGUCCCUCCCAGCAAGGACCUUGCAGCCCCCCAGGGCCCGACCCCCUCAUUUCCCACCACGUGUGGAUUUUGGGGUGAAUCGUUCCCCUGCUCCCCUCACGUGGCUCAGCAACCCUGAGCCCCCCAUAAGGAUUUGGGAAGUUUGGUGGGAAUUUUUCGGUGUUUCCCUUCUUUCUUUGGCUGUUUUGCACCCAGUCAGGCUGGCAGCUGCCAUCCCCUGCCUGCCCUGGGUCCCACCAUGGCAGCCCCCCAAAAUUAACAACCAGGGCUGGGUAACCCCAGAUCUCUCAUCCCUUUUCCUUUCCUGUUUCCAGCACAGGACAAAGGCGCUGCCCUGCUCGGGGCUAGCCCGGAGGGUAACCAUGUCCCCAAAGGGGGGACACCCCAAUUUUUGGGGGGAACACCCAGUUUUGAGGGGGGGGAACACCCAGAUUUGGGGGGUCUGUGCUUGCUGGCUCAGCUCAUGCCUGGCCAAGCACCCUGGAGCCGUGAGGUGCUCGAUGUGACAGAUUUUGCCUCUUAUUUUAUGUGGGAAGUGGGGAAGGUUCCUCAAGUUUCGGGCUGUUUUCCAUAGGUUUUGGUGCUGGGUUUUGGAGGAGGAAGAGGAGGAAAAGGAGGAGGAGGAGAGCGUGGAUGGAGCAGUUUGGUGUGCAAUUAAUUUUUUUUUUUAAACUCGAUAUUUUCAUCAUGGGGGGGGGGGGGGGGGGGGAGGGAAUAAUAAAUAAACGGCACUUUACAUUUCCA